AUGCUGACUCUCUUACACCGUCAAAAUGAAGGAAUCAAGGACCGCCAACUUAGUGUCAUGUUUAAGGACUUGCACGUCGUUGGUUUAGGUUCUCGUACUUCGCUCCAGCCCACCGUGAGCUCACCUUUCCAUCCCUCGACGUUUCUGCGCAAGAUAAGGGGGAUUUUCCAUCCGUCAAUUAGAGACAUUUUGUCUGGAUUCGACGGUAUGGUCUCUUCUGGCGAAAUGCUUUUGGUCCUUGGCCGACCCGGCUCCGGGUGCUCAACCUUCCUAAAGACACUCGCUAACCAACGUGGGGAGUAUCAUGCUGUUGAGGGUCAAGUUUUCUAUGAUUCAUUCACCCCAAAGGAGAUUCAUGACUCCUUCCGUGGCGAUGUCACUUACUGUCCGGAGGAUGAUAUCCAUUUCCCGACCCUGACGGUCAAACAAACGCUCUCUUUCGCUGUCAGAAACCGUACUCCCGCAACACGUCUUCUCGGUCAGACGCGCGAGGACUAUGUUGAGGAUACCGCCACGAUGCUAAUGAAAGUCCUUGGCCUCUACCGUUCUAAAAAUACCUUGGUUGGUAAUGCUGAGAUUCAAGGUAUUUCCGGCGGCGAGAGAAAGCGAGUUUCUAUUGCAGAAGCUUUAGGCUCUGCAGGCCCACUUGGUGCAUGGGACAAUCCCACUCGUGGAUUAGACUCCUCGACUGCCCUUGAGUUUGUCCGCACAUUACGUUCCAUAACAGAUAUCAAACGCAGAACGACAAUCGUCUCUCUCUACCAAGCGGGAGAGCAGUUAUAUGAUUUGUUUGACAAGGUCUGUGUUGUUGCGGAAGGCAAAAUGGCCUAUUUUGGUCCAGCAAAGUCAGCCAAAGGUUAUUUCAUCGAUAUGGGCUUCGAACCACAAUACAAUCAGCCUACCCCUGAUUUUUGGUUGCAGGUAGGGCAUUCGGUUACAGACGCGAACGGGAGGAAAAUUCGCCCUGGGUAUGAGAGUUUUGUCCCGCGGACGUCGGAGGACCUUGCUGGCCGUUUCAAAGCUUCCGACCUUGGUCGUCAAAAUCAGAAAAUGGUCGAAGAACACUGGGAACAAUGUGUUGGAAAUCACGAACGCAAGCAGGCGUAUCUGUCCAGCGUGGACGCUGAACAUACCACCACAUCUACUGUGUACAUGACUUCUAUCUCGCAGCAAGCCGCAACGGCCAUGAAGCGCCAGGUGCAAGUUAUUGCUGGUCACAAGUUAGAGCUCUUUGUACAACUGGGUUCCCAAAUCUUCCAAGCGGUAAUUUUGGGCACCGUCUUUCUGAACAUGCCAGAUAAUAUCUCGACCUAUUUCUCUCGUAGUGGUCUUCUGUUCUUCUCCCUAUUCUUCAAUGCUAUUACAUCUGUCGCAGAAGUCCCUGCGCUUUUCUCCCAGCGUCCUAUCGUGCUUCGCCACCAGAAAGCUGCGUUACACUAUCCUUUUGUUCAGAGCCUCGCGCACACUAUCGUCGAUAUACCCAUCACUUUCGUCGUUCAACUGGUUUUCGCUGCGAUCCUUUACUUCAUGGUUGGGUUGCAACGUUCGGCUGCACAAUUUUUCAUAUUUUACCUCUUUAUCUUCUUAAUGUCGCAAACCAUGAAGUCACUCUUUAGAGCCAUUACUGCAAGUUUCAGAUCUCGUCCUAACGCACUAACUGUUUGUGGUAUCUUCAUUCUCUUGAUGUCGUUCAAUGGUGGGUAUACAAUUCCUUGGCCAACUGCUCACACGGGCUUGCGGUGGAUCAUGUGGUUGAACCCUUUGUGGUGGGGGUUUGGCGCACUCAUCGUGAAUGAGUUUCAUACACUCGAUGGUGUUUGCUCCACUCUCAUCCCUCAGGGGCCUGGCUAUGAGAAUGUUUCGCUUGCAAACCAGGUUUGUAUAACAGUCGGGUCGCAGCCCGGGAAACUUCUCGUCGAUGGCAACAUUUAUGUUGGGUUGACGUAUGAUUUUUGGUACAGUCAACUUUGGAGGAACUUUGGUGUCCUUUGUGCCUUCUACCUUGGGGCGUCGGUUGUUCUCUUAAUUGCCACAGAACUCAAUACUUCGUCUGCUUUCAACAGCGCUGUCGUUCUCUUUAAGCGGGGUUCUAGUAUCGAUGAGAACGCCAAGGCCCUUGACGAGGAAAAGGCAGAUGCAGAGUGUCAUUCUGGACCCCACUCCGAUUCCUCGACUUUCGAUAGUCUGGAGAAGAACACCAUUGUCCUGGACCUCUUCACGUGGCAGCACCUGCAUUAUGAAGUCCCUAUUGAGCGAGGGAUGAAAUGCCUUCUUGAUGAUGUCUCGGGCUAUGUUGCCCCUGGGAAGCUCACCGCGUUGAUGGGUGAAUCUGGCGCUGGAAAGACAAUGCUUUUGAAUGUUCUUGCACAGCGCGUCAGUACUGGUGUAGUAAGUGGUGACCGAUUUGUGAACGGACAGCCGCUCCCUGUAGACUUCCAGGCACAGACUGGUUUCUGCCAACAACUCGACACUCAUCUUCCCGAAGCGACUGUUCGUGAAGCGCUUCUUUUCUCUGCUAAUCUCCGCCAGCCCCAGUCAGUCCCCCUCUCCGAAAAAGAAGCAUACGUUGACAAGUGCAUUCAAAUGUGUGGUCUAGAGGAGUACGCCGACGCUAUUGUCGGCUCUCUGGGAGUUGAGCACCGUAAACGCACCACCAUUGCAGUGGAACUCUCUGCCAAGCCCCAACUUCUACUCUUCUUGGAUGAGCCCACGUCUGGUCUUGACUCGCAAUCUGCCUGGGCUAUUGUGCAGUUUCUUCGUGAGCUUGCUGAUCAUGGUCAGGCCAUUCUCUGCACGAUUCAUCAACCUUCAGCGGAGCUCUUCCAGGUCUUCGAUAAAUUGCUGCUCCUUUGCAAGGGUGGGCAGACCGUCUACUUUGGCGACAUUGGCGAGAAUUCGUCGACUGCGCUGAACUACUUUGAGUGUAAUGGUGCUCCCCGCUGCGGUUCCGACGCCAACCCUGCGGAAUACAUGCUCGACGUAAUCGGCGCCGGAGCAGCUACAAUCUCCACCACUGAUUGGCACGAUGUAUGGAAGCGUUCAUCGGAAGCAAUGCAUCUCCAAAUUCAGAUCGAAGCGAUGCAUCAACAAGGUCGUACUCGCCCACAACGGCUCAGCGUCCAAUAUUCUGCUUUUGCCACCUCAUGGUUGUACCAGUUCACUGCGCUCACCCAACGAAAUUUCCAAGCAUACUGGCGCAAUCCUACGUAUAUUCACGCCAAGUUUGUGCUCAACAUCGCUGGCGGUCUCCUUGUGGGCUUUACGUUCUUCCGGGCAGAUGACUCUUUGCAGGGCACCCAAAACAAGCUGUUUUCAAUCUUCCUUGGCCUUGUGCUCAGUGUUUCCCUUGUCCAUCAACUCAUGGGCGUAUACAUUGAUAUUCGCACAGUGUACGAAAUCCGUGAACGUCCUAGUAGAAUGUAUCACUGGACUGCUCUCGUCAUGUCACAGCUUGUUGCUGAGCUUCCUUGGAACAUAACAAGUUCUGCGACGUUCUUUUUCUGUUCUUACUGGACCGUCGGAUACCCCAUCAACCGGGCAGGCUACACGUUUCUCAUGCUCUCUGUCGCCUUCCCGUUGUACUAUACGACGUUUGGACAAAGCAUCGCGUCCAUGGCGCCAACCGCUCCAGUUGCAUCCGUGUACUUCACAACUCUCGUCAUUUUUAUCAUGAUCUUUGAUGGCGUAGUCCAGCCAUUCAACCAGCUUAAUUGGUGGAAAUGGAUGUACAGGGUCUCUCCUUUCACAUACAUCAUCGAGGGUCUCCUUGGUCAAGCUGUUGGCGGGCAAUUGAUUAACUGCUCUUCCACUGAACUUGUCUCUGUCAAUCCACCGAAGGGUUUGAGGUGUGGCAACUACUUGGGUCCCUUCAUCGAAUUCGCCGGCGGCUACCUCACGAAUCCCGAAGCUGCAGAGGGCUGCCAGUACUGUCCCGCCAGGACCACUGACCAGUUCUUGUACUCGAGGUUCAACAUUAAAUACAGUAAUCACUGGCGCAACCUGGCCAUCGUCUUUGGAUUCGUUGCGUUUAAUAUUGUCGCUACUUUUUGGUUCACAUAUUUCAUGCGCAUUCGUACUGUUAGCGUGUUCACUUCGCUCAGGCAGAGGUUAACUCGUCGCAAGUAG